AUGAGUGCAAUUAUGGACGAGUCACAGGUCCCUAUGACCGAAUAUGAGCAGAUUAAAUUCAAGAUGAAUCAAACGACUGAUGAGUCAUUGGAAGCCUCCCGACGGAUGAUGGCUUUGUGUGAAGAGGCUAAAGAGGCUGGCAUUUCUACAUUGGUCAUGUUAGAUGAUCAAGGCGAACAAUUGGAUCGUAUAAACGAGGGUAUGGAUCAGAUUAAUCAAGACAUGAAGGAUGCUGAGAAAAAUCUGGAUGAUCUAAACAAAUGCUGUGGACUUUGUGUAUUGCCUUGGAAUAAAGUAAAAAAGAAAGAUGACUACACCAAGCAACUAAAGGAUGAGGAUAUGCGGGGUGGGGAUGGACCUCGAAUAAUUGUAGAUCAAAACGGCAUGGGUCCAACCGGUGGCUAUAUUACACGAAUUACAAAUGAUGCACGAGAGGAUGAAAUGGACCAAAAUUUGCAGGAGGUUUCUGGUAUGAUUGGAAAUCUUCGUAACAUGGCUAUUGAUAUGGGUAGUGAAAUUAACCAGCAAAAUGUCCAAGUUGAGCGAAUACAGAUCAAGGCUAAAUCAAAUGCUGAACGAAUAAAGAAGGCUAAUGAGCAAGCCAGUAAAUUGUUAAAAUAA